GCCGCAUUCUCAAAUUCCUCCCAAGCUCAUACUAGCUCAAGCUUAAGAACCAAACUUAUUUUCGAAACGCGUAACUUUGCACACUCUCUUAAUCAUGGCGACUUCAGCUAAUCCCCCGGUCGUAAAGUCGCUCAGCAUAUCCCAGGGGCGUAAGAGAUUUGUGUUCAAGAAAUUCUCUCAAAGAAUCAUUGACAUUAAAGUGUUUAGGAUCUUGGAUAAGGUGAAGGCUGAGCCCCCUUCAGAGGGAUCCUCAUUGCGUCGUAGAAUGGGAGAGGAUGUUUGA